AUGGAUGAUAGCAAAAGCGGUCAUACCGACAUUCACGUGAUCAAUAAAGCCCCAACCAAGGAAAACAAAGACAAGCCCAAGUUUUGUGAGUACCAUAAAAGAAAAACUCAUGAUACAAACGAGUGUACAGUGCUAAAAAGAGAGAUUGAUGAAAAACAACCAGUAGGAAACAUUGUUGAUAAAGAAAGAUACCUCAGGGAAAAAUUCGGCGAGGAUAAACAUCAGCUCAAAAAUCAAAAUGAUGGAGGAAGAGACCGAGAAAAAAGGGUGGAGAUACUCAGCAUCACCGGGCCUUGCCCAUGCACCAACCGCCAAAGCCGAUAUCCCGAUGCAAGGCCAUACCACCAAAACAUCCUCAACAUAGCAUUCUCGAUGAAUGACCCAAGACCAAAGCAUUGGGAUCCCAACGAUCCAUUGCACAUCACCAGUUUCGUUAGUCGACACCGUAUUGAACAACUUUACAUUGACUAUGGAAGUCGAGUCAACGUGAUCUACAAGCAUUGCCUUAGCCAACUGCCCAUUGAAUGGAUAGAGUAUCUCCAACCUCUGUGCCAGGGCCUGCUAGUCGGUUUCACUAGUCACCACAUUUGGCAAACGGGAACAGUCAGACUCCUGUUCGCUUUGGUUAGACAUGACAGGGAAAAGGAGAUAACAAGGGUGCUCGAUUUCUCGGUUGUCAACUGCCCGGCUGAACACAACAUUCUCUUAGGACUCCCCGCGCUUUUCCAGUUGCGAGCAAUUCCAUCUACCAUCCACGGCAUCAUCAAAUUCAGCACAAGUGAUGGAUCAGCCACGAUAAUGGCGAAUAAGCCAGCCAACAAGUGUGAUGCUCAAUGA